AUGUCACCGACCAAUCAGAGGAAUUGGAAGAAUAUGGUGAAUAAUGCAAAUGGAGAUCAGAGUUAUAUUGAUGCAAUAUCAUUGGUGACGGCAAAUGGUGUGGAGUAUACACUGACCAGUGCCGUGCCUGUGGGCGCGCCAGACGACACGCUGAAGGAUCUGGAGAACUGGGCCUACGCCAUCAGCUACGCAAUACAUCUCGCCGACAAGGUCAAGGACGAGCCGUUGAUGGGCUGGCUGCUGAAGCGUGGCGAGAAGGGCCAUCACAUCAGGAACACCAAGCGACGUUGGUGUCAGCUACAGGGCAGCAAGCUGCGAUACUUCACCCAGACUCCGCACAACAACAAGAUCACUCAUCUCAAGGGCAUAAUCGACCUGGCGCAUCUCUCAGAGAUUUGCGACAAGAUGCUGACGCAGAUCAGGGGCCGUGAGGUCAUCGUGCUGGGCGAGCCAGCCGGCCACAUGGACUGCUUUGGCGGAGGCGGCGCUCGCGACUCUAUCGAUAUGACGCCCCCCGUGGACCCCCAGCAGCCGGCCGCAGAGUCGCGCACUGCCGAAGAGCUCAAGACCGUGGUGGGCAUCAGUCUUCUCAUCAACAAUGAGCGCGAGUUUGUGUUGCUGUUCGAAUCGCAGGACGACCGCAUUAAGUGGGUCAACGCCAUCACGAGCGCUGUCGAGCGCACCUAUUCCUCGCUGCAGGUGACUAUUGCAACGUCGCGAAUCGUCCACAGCCCGGACAAGCAGGUGAUCCUCGGUGGAUGGAUGCGCAAGACCAAGGUGAACAAGUGGUGGGACAAGCGCUACUGUACUCUGACGCCCACCUCGCUGAUAUACUACAAGGAGGACCCGCCCCAGAAGCCACUGGGCUCGAUCAAUCUGCUCGUGUCAUCAUGUCGCAUCAUCAAAUCAAAGACACUGGACGGCCUUGAUUGGUGCUUCAGUUUGGCCGACUCUCGCGGCCUCGAGUACUUCUUCAACCUUGACACACAAGACCAAAUGGACCGUUGGAUCAAAGAAAUCAAGAUGGUACGCAAGAGAAUGAUUGUAACAUUAUUAGAUCAAGGUGGAAAGAUUGUAAUUCCAAUAGUUAUUGGAAAGGACUGUGCACUGAUUACCAUCCAAGUUAAGGAGGUGAUCAGAAUCAAUUCAUUAUCAAACAAGAUUGCUUAUGAAAUACCUGUAUCGAAUACCAAGACAGUGUCGGUGACACCAGACAAUAAGCUGGAGAUUGUCUAUGUGCCAAUAGAUGGAGAGGUACCAGAGAAGAAGAUUGAGAUAUUAUCAUCCAAUCCACAUGGAGUACUUCAGCUGUUCAAAGAUCUCUUCUCAUCACAAGAGAACACCAUCAAUUAA